AUGGUGUCAGCAGAAGAGCAAAAAACCAUCAACGAGCUUCAGGCUAAUUGGAUCUGGGUACCCAAUUGGCUUGAUUAUUCAGACCAAAACACAGCGGGAAAGAUUGUUCAUUUUACUCGAUCAAUCAAUUUGUCCUCGCGACCGAAACGUUCAUUGCUUCAUUUUUCAGCCGACACGCGAUAUAAGCUCUAUGUCAAUGGCCAGCAUGUUGCAGUUGGACCGACUAGAAGCAGUCCCUUGAUUUGGUACUAUGAUUCAUUGGAUAUUGCCCCGUAUCUGAAAGAGGGCCAGAAUGAGAUUCGGUUUGUGGUGAUCCGGUAUUUCAUGGCUUCCAGGAGUGCAAUGCCCUUUGAGCGGACUGCGCUUCCAGGCUUGACUGUUAUCGGAAAAAUCGAAACCGACCCCGGAUUCGUGGAUCUCAAGUCUACUCAUGAAUGGAUAGCCUGGGUGGAUGAGAGCAUUCAAUUCCCAAUGGGUCUGCCAGAUGAUGUGUUUCUCCAUAUCAGCGAGCGCAUCCAGCCAACAAAGCCAAUUCAUCCGGUUGAGCCAUUCUCAUACAAUAUGAAGACACUGAAUGGCGAUAUUCCGCCGUGGCAUUUGCGCCCACGCUCCAUCCCAAUGCCCGAGUCAAAGGCAAUCAUUGUCAACACUGUUAGAGCAUGCAAGAGCGCCAUUGACAAAGAGAACUGGGAGACUUUCCUCUCAAAAAGAGGCCAGCUCAUUAUUCCGGCAAACUCGACUCAUACGCUCGAAGUUCAAGCCGACGUGCACUCAACCGCAUUUCUGCGGUGGGCCUUCAAAGCAAUCAAAAGCUCAUCUCAAAUUCAACUCCGAGUGACAUACUCAGAAGGAUAUGAACUCAAGCCUCGUUCGUAUCCGUUCUUCAGAUCCAAGGCUGACAGACUGGAUGCAACCGUCGGCCAUAUCAUAGGGCCCUAUGACGAAGUCACUUUCGAUCUUCCUGAUACCGAAAUCGUCUUCUACGAGCCUUUCUGGUUUCGCACGUUCCGUCUGAUGCGAAUUGAGAUAACUGUUGGCUCCGAGCCUAUUGAAUUAGUAUCGUUUGAUGCGACUCAGGUCAACUACCCCAUGGCAGUCAAGGCGAGUUGGAAACAGCCUGGUGAUGCACAAAGCGAGGAGAUAUGGGAUGUGUCCAUCCGAACUAUGCGUAAUUGCAUGUUUGAUGGAUAUUCCGACUGUCCAUUCUAUGAGCAACUGCAAUACUCUGGAGACAGCCGCUCAGUCGGCCUAUUUCACUACCUCCUAUCUGGCGAUGAUCGUUUAAUGCGACAAGCCAUCACAAAUUUUGCAGCCUCCGUAACACCACUAGGGCUCACUCAGUCCAGGUUUCCCUCACACAUUCCGCAAGUAAUUGCAGGCUUCUCCCUUUACUGGAUCCUGCAAGUCUGCGACCAUCAUCUCUUCUUCGGUGACACACCUUAUGCACGGUCAUUCAUUCCUCGGAUUGAUGGAGUCCUCGACUUUUUCGACGCCCACAUCGACGAUCUAGGACUCGUGAGUGGACUGCCCGAGAUUGUGUGGCAGUAUGUCGACUGGGUGACAACAUGGGGCGCAACCGACGAGCACCCCGACAAGGGCGUUCCUACUUCAGGUCGAAAGACAAACCGACAUACAUACUUUAGCAUGCUGUAUGCGUGGGUCCUGCAGAAAGUCGCCCGACUCGUGCGUGAUAUUGGACGGCCAGGAAAUGCGACCGAGUACGAGGCGCGUGCUACAUCACUUCUCCUCGCAAUUCGAGAGAAUUGCUUUGAUGGGUCAUUCUUUACAGACUCGACGAUUGAUGUUGCCGAUGAGUCUUCAUAUUCUCAGCAUUGCCAGGUCUUUGCAGUUAUCUGCGGAGCGGUAAAAUCCGAGGAAGAUGCUAGGCGAAUCUUGACCGAAUCGUUCACCAAUGAUCGCUUCUCAAAGUGCUCGUAUAUGAUGCGCUUCUAUGCAUUCCGGGCGUUGGCGCUGGCUGGAGAUGAUCUUUACGACUCUUUCUGGGAGUUGAUGUGGGUUCCUUGGUGGGGGAUGUUGGCUAAUAAUCUUUCAACUUGGGAAGAGGAUGAUGUUAGACAACGCUCUGACUGUCACGCUUGGGGGAGCGUGCCAAUCUAUGAGUAUUGUACUGAGCUAGCAGGUAUACAGCCAGUUGCCUGGGGGUCUUCGAAGAUAUCUUUCAAGCCUCGACUUCGAUUGACAAAGGAUUUGGAGGCGAAAGUUGCUAUUGGCAAGGACAACCUUGCUGUGAUUUCAUGGAAGACUGAGUCUGAUGGAGAGAAAAUUGUGGAACUGAAGCUGGAAAAAGCCGUCGAGGUUGUUAGUCAGUUGCCUGGGUGCAACAGCGAGGAGCAUGGUAUUGUGGACUAUGUCAGAUUUACCUGUCGACCCGAAUAG